UGUUUUCAAAAUGAAAGAAAAUAAUAUUUAUUCAAAGUGUUGCUGUUGCUUGCGAGAGUACUCUUGAGAAGUGCAAUGUAAACAACGUGAUACGGAUUCGGAGAUUUCUGUGUGGGGAAAACUUAAAGAUUGGCGGGCGAGUGUCGCUGUCCUGCGCAGUGCUCUGCUGCAGCCCUGCGCACUCCAUGUCGCCGCUGCCAGAGAGCUUUAAAAAUGGCUGAGAGAGGUGGUAUGAGACGAACGAGUCUCAAUUAUAACCCGGAGGCCAGUGAAACUAACAAUGGUUGUUGUUUGAGUACCAUCAACAACUCGCUGCCAGAGCUGGGAAGAUGGUCGAUAUGGCGGGCGUUGUUGCUGGGGCAGAUCGCAUCCCUGCUCAUCUGCGUCACCGCGGCCUGCUGCCACCUCCUCAACAACAACUAUCACCGACAGCUGCCUGCUGCGGUGGGUUUCAUCAACUACGCGCUGCUGUGCCUGGUGUACACGACGUGGCUGGCGUGUCGGGCAGGGGAAGGUUCGCUCCUGAGUGUGGUCAGGGCGCGGGGUUACAAAUACUUUAUCCUUGCAGCCAUUGAUGUGGAGGCAAACUACCUCGUGCUCAGGGCAUACCAGUACACUUCCGUCACCUCGGUCCAGUUGCUGGACUGUUUCGUGGUGCCGGUGGUGCUGGCGCUGUCAUGGCUCUUCCUGAAGGUUCGCUACAAACUUGUACACGUGCUCGGCGUCGGGCUCUGUCUUCUGGGCGUGGGCUGUCUUGUGUGGGCCAACGUCGAGGACGGCAAGGCUGACAGUCACGCCUCGGAGCGCUUUCUGGGUGACAUGUUGUGCCUGGGCGGCGCGACGCUGUACGGCAUCAGCAACGUGGCCCAGGAGUACGUCAUCAAAACUUACGACAGCGUCGAGUUCCUGGGCAUGAUGGGGCUCUUCGGCUCUGUCAUCAACGGGGCUCAGCUAGGCAUUUUGGAGAGGCAGCAGGUGGGGUCGGUGCGGUGGGACACUUGGCCGGUACUGGCGCUGGUGGGAGGCUUCAGCGCAGCUCAGUUCCUCUUCUACGUGAUCGCUCCGUGCGUUCUGAGGGCGACCUCAGCCACCGCCCUCAACCUGGCGCUCUUCACCGCUGACUUCUACAUCCUCAUCACUGGCAUCGCUCUCUUCGGCUUCAAGCAGUUCCAUCCUCUGUACUUCCUGUCAUACCUGCUGGUAGUGACCGGCGUCGUCGUGUUCGUCAUCAAACCAACGCCCAUCAAUACCAGCGGCAGCGGCUACUACAGCUCGAGUGGCGGCCACGAAGUAGAGCUCACCACGACCCCCGGCACCACCACCAGCAGCGUCGGGGGCGCCGCAUCCUUCCCUGACUGGCCGCCUCUGCCGCCUGAGAUCCGUGGCUGUCCUGACUACCCGUACCCGCACUCACACUCUUCAGACUUCAGGCCAGGGCAGGAGUACCCAAGCACCCCACCAUCACCUCCCCAGCAGUUCAGGUCGCUGCCGCGCCCCCAGCGUCGCGAGGCCCACCCUGGGCAGCCGGGGCGCGGCAGAUCACAGCAGGAAGGGGACAUGCCUGAUGGGGUUAUGAACAACCAGCAGCAGAGGGCCGCAACUCUGCAUCGCCCGCCGAGGGUACGUUUCCUGCUAGACAACUCUACCGAUCGAACGGACCCUCGUCGUCUACACAUGAGCUGGGAGAUGUAAGGUGUUGAAGCGAUGGCCCUUCUCAUGCUCCGGCGCUCAUAUGUUAAUAACGAUAGCAAUAUUGAUCGCUGGUGUUCAAUUGUCAGCGAUUGCCGCGCGACCUAUACAGUAAUUGUGACCUCUUAUUCAAUUCCAUAUUAUUUACAAUCUUGA